GCCGUUUCCUCAUUUUCACACUACCAUAUAAUUUCAGGCUAUGAAAUCAUACGCGAUUUGACUGUUAGAAUUGGUCACGUUUUUGCAAACAAGAGCAGUUCAGCACACAGCGAGUGUUUUAUUGUGAAAGCCGCAGCCGGAAAAAAAGUGUCUCAUGUGAUUGUGGCGGACUUCACCGGGCGGUCAGUAGACUAGAGGAGCGUCCUGUCAGCUGACUGGCAGCAUCUCUGUCCGCCUGUCACAACACCGUGGACCUCCUGCCUGCCGAGCUCCUGCUAGCUGGUAGCCCCUAGCCGCGGCUCCGCUCGGCCGGACCGGGCUGUUAUGAUCCCGGGAGCCAAACACGGAGAAGGAGGCUCGUUCAUCCAGCCAUGGCGGCCGAAAUCCAGCCGCAGCCGCAGACUCGUAAGCCCGUCCUGCUGAGCAAAAUCGAGGGUUUCCAGGAUGUUGUGAGCACGGCGGUGAUCAUUCCCAAGGAAGACGGCGUUAUCAGCGUCUCCGAGGACAGGACGAUUCGGGUAUGGCUGAAAAGGGACAGUGGUCAGUACUGGCCUAGUGUCUACUACACAAUGCCAACCACGUGCUCCUGCAUGUCCUUUAACCCAGAGACCAGGAGGCUGUCAGUGGGCACCGACACAGGAGCCGUCUCUGAGUUCAUCCUGUCAGAAGACUACAACAAAAUGACCCCAGCGCGCACCUACCAGGCCCACCAGGGCAGAGUGACAGUGGUGCUGUUUGUGUUGGAGAUUGAGUGGGUCCUGAGCACCGGCCAGGACAAGAACUUCACCUGGCACUGUUCGGAGAGCGGUCAGCAGCUCGGGACCUACCGCACCGCCGCCUGGGUCUCCGGACUACAGUUUGAUGUGGAGACCAGACAUGUGUUUGUAGGGGACCAGUCUGGUCAGGUGACCAUCCUGAAGCUGGAGCAGGACAACUGUAGCCUGGUCACCACCUUCAAGGGACACACUGGCAAUGUGACAGCGUUGUGUUGGGACCCGGUCCAGAGGGUGCUGUUCUCUGGCAGCUCAGACCAUUCCAUCAUCAUGUGGGACAUCGGAGGACGCAAAGGCACUGCUAUCGAGCUGCAGGGACACAAUGACAAGGUGCAGGGCCUGUGUUACGCCUCACACACUCGUCAGCUCAUCUCCUGCAGUUCAGACGGAGGUAUUGUCAUCUGGAACAUGGAUGUGACGCGGCAAGAGACUCCAGAGUGGCUGGACAGUGACUCCUGCCAGAAGUGCGAGCAGCCUUUCUUCUGGAACUUCAAACAGAUGUGGGACAGUAAGAAGAUCGGCCUUCGACAGCACCACUGCAGAAAGUGUGGCCAGGCAGUGUGCGGGAAAUGUUCGUCCAAGCGCUCCACCAUCCCCCUCAUGGGCUUCGAGUUCGAGGUGCGAGUGUGUGACAGCUGCCACGAGUCCAUCACCGAUGAGGAUCGAGCGCCCACGGCCACCUUCCAUGACAGCAAGCACAGCAUCGUUUACAUGCACUACGAGCCCACCACAGGAAAUCUGCUCACGUCUGGCACCGACAAGGUCAUCAAGCUAUGGGACAUGACUCCUGUGGUGUCCUGAGGUCUGCGGGUGACCCGGAGUUAAUGGGAAGCUCUAUUCACCCAUCUGAUGAAGGCUUACACAUCAUUUUUGGCAGUCGUACUUGAAGAGGAGGGGGAGGAGGAGGAGGAGGAGGAUAACGAUCAAUAUCACAGUCAUCUGGAUAACGUUUAACAACUUUUCCCAAUAACAUUCACAUGGACAUUGCAGCCAGUAGAGCCUCCAUCUGGCCAGUCGGGGUGACCAGAGCAGACCAAGCGCGAUGGGACAGGCCUUGGUUGAUGUCAGCUCACGGAUGGAGACAUUUUGUGUGUGUGAGUGUGUGUGUGUGUGCGUGUGUGUGAUUUCUGUGAGGAGCUGACACACCUUCUUGUUGACUUUAUUUUAAUGCAUUCCUUGCCUGUCUUAACCUGGAAACUGGGCAGCACAGAAGCAGAACUCAGCCAGCGUUUGGGCCCUAAACAUGACUUGUCUUUGUCGUUUUGUUUGUUUGUUCGUUUGUUUGCUUUGGUUUUUAAAUGGAAAUAAUCCUCUUUUCCACUUAACUGUAUUUUCUUUGUGGUUUUCAUUGCUUUUCUUAUUAUUUUUUUUUUCUUUCCAAACAAAGGAACCGUCGACUCGUGAAAUCGAUAGAGCAUUCACAACGGGCAAAUGUUUAAUCUAAUAUCAAUAACACCUGACAGAAACAAGGCGGGCAUUCCGGCAACUUUAACCAUGUGACGCUGAGCUGAGUAAACUGCUCAUGCUGGCCCCCUGGAUUUUACCACAUAAGGACAUGAAUACCCUCACUGCUUGUUGUAAUACUGAGCUUCUUGUUUUAGCCUGCUCUGCCUCUAAUCAGCCACUAGGGGGAAGAGUUAGCCUGUUGAAACAAGCGUCCAAGCAUUUCUGUCCAUAUACAGCAUAUUCUCAAUGAUUAAAUAAUACUUAAUAGGGCAAAAGGCCAGGACCAAGGACCAUAAAGCAGUUUUUCUUACUGUCAAUGGGCCAGGUGUGCAAACAUGGAGGUUAUCUGAUGUCGACCCGUCCCAGAGUGCACAUCAUCCAAACACACACAACUGCUUUUAUCAGUUUAAAAAGCCCGUCUGUUUCCCUGCUGGCUGCGAGAUCAAAAGAGGUUUCUCCCAAAGGAUUCGCGCUUUGAGGUUUAUCAUGAACAAGGAAAUCGUGCUAAUUAUAUCAGAUCAUUACUUUGCAUCCAUGUUUGAUUUGACAGUAUGUUUUGAUUGCAAAUGUGGAAGACCGAGGAUUUAGGUCAGAUGGCUCACUGUCUCAUGAUGUGACUUCAUGGUAUGCGCCUGAAUCCACUCGUCUACAGAGAGCACCAGUCAGGUUCUGUAAUGCGUAAACCGAGGCUUUGAAAAGGUUUGAUUGUGUUAUGAAAUUGACAGGUCUCACGUGAAUAUACUUGAAAUUAUUUUUGAUGCCGUUUUCACCAAGAAAAAAUACUGGAGCACGUUUUUUUUUUUUUUUUAAAUCAGCCUUACCAUGAAAAGAAUCUCUUUUGACAAAAUGUUGGCAAAUGUGCUAUAUCGUCACUGAGGGGUGUGUGAUGGCUGUCGUCGUUUUAUGAUGAAAUUGUUAUUUAUUAUGACUGGCGUCCAUAUGUUUCUGACAUAAAAAUGUACAUAUCAUCAAGCUAAUCACUUGCUGUGGCUGCAUGUACUUGAAUCAGGACUAAAAAUUGUGUAAUGAACAUUUUUUUGCAUUGAUUGUUUUUGUGGUUAAAACUGUUUUUAAAAGUCAUAAUAUAUAUAAAGCUUUUGAUGUUUUUGUUAAUGCACUGAAUUAAGAACCAAAAUUGCUGCUGAAAUGACAGUUUAAGUGUUUCUCAUAUUUUGUACUUGAAUUGAAAGUACAUUUUGAUGAAGAUGUAUAAUUUUCAGAUCUAAAAUAAGGCUAUCCCCAGAAUUAUAUACAGCAGUAUAUAGAGAAAUAGUCAUCAACAGCCAUUUAUAAACCACUAAACACCUUCUCAUAUUGACACAUAUCACUGAUCCAUAAUAUACUCUACAAUUUAAUAAAUCACACAUUAAUUUUGAUUUAUUUUACAUAAUAAUGUGAUAUAGUUUUGUAUGGGUUUUUUUCGUACAGAUCAGUUGUACGCAGAGGCAACACACAUGACUGUGCAGAAUCCCCCAGUACACAGGAGACACAGUUAUGAGAUGCUUAAAGCCUCAUUCCAGUCUAAAUGAAUGACAGAUCAUAUUCAACAAAGGCCUGUUGGAAAAUUCUCCUGUGGUUGGAAAAAUGAAGAUAGCUGAGCAGUUCGUGGUAACCCUUCAUGCUCCCAUCUGACUGCAAACAACAUUCAAAGUUCAAAAUGGCAGGGAUGUUGGUAACGUGCUGUGACAGCACUGGGCUUAAAUCCGUCAGUUACGUCUUUUCUCUCGUAGUUGCUAUUUUAAAAGUGGAGUUGUAACCCAAUCCGACGGUAAUAUGGCAUACAUGACUUUCUGGGCCGCGCCAUUUUGACUUGUCACAUGCUUCUUUCCAUGCUUCUGUCUGUCUCAGCAAAGUUUUUCCUCUGCAAAAUUUUCAGUUCCUGCAGCUUGAACUCUUCGUCCCUUGUGCUCCCCAUUCCUUUUGAACGAAAAUCCCUUAUGUAAGGCAACCAACACUUUCCAUAAAAUGUCAUUACUUCUUCAA